ACCUAAACUAAACCAAUUAAAUCACCAUUCCACAAAUUUCUUAUUAUCACACAAUUUGUCGAAGUGUUUCCAUUAAAAUCUGCAUUGACUUUCAUCAAGAUAAAAGAUUAACGCGUGUGCUCAUUUUUAAUUUGAAAAGUACACACACGGUUUAGCACAUAACAUACGGUUUAAUUCUCGUAACAGUUUAAUAGAAGCUCCUCCCAAAACGACCUAAAUCCACAAAAGACAUAAAAUGCAAAAGCGUGGGUGACGAUUAGCUUCUCCAGCGACGAUGAUUAAGUAAUUUGAAACGAUCGGGAUCGUCCGCCCUAUUCGUCGAGGAUAUGACGAUCUGCAUGCAUAAUGCAACCUGGAUGCGUCGCUCGUUAACCUAACGUUUCGUUUCUCCGAUGUACAUAAUUCGUAGUUACGUGUAUGUACAUAUGUACGUAUGCGUGUCCUCGAUCUAAAUCUGCGACGCGAAUCGAGGGAACUGCUAAACGAUCGACCGGCUUCAUUUUCAAAGUGGUUAAUGAACGAUGGAUCAGAAAUCAAACCAUGUCGAACUUGAAAGAGGCUCUGGGGCUCAGAGAACUUACCGAUAAGGAAUCCGGCAUUUAUCGAGCUCUGGUAGCGGAAUUCUUUGGUACGAUGCUGUUGAACUUCUUUGGCUGCGGAUCGGUCGUCACAGAGAACGUUCUGACCAUAAGCUUGGCCUUUGGUUUGACGGUUGCCGCCGCUGUUCAAGGAAUAGGACAUCUCUCCGGCGGCCAUAUUAAUCCCGCUGUUACCUUCGGUUUAAUGGUAAUUGGCAAGGUGCCAAUAGUGAGGGGGUUGUUGUACGUGGUAGCUCAAUGCAUCGGAGCAAUAGCAGGCUCGGGUGUGUUAAGAGCAUUAUCCCCCGAAAGAAUGGAAAGUUUACUAGGGGUUGUGUCUCUUUCCAUCGAUGUUACACCUGUUCAAGGAUUUGGUAUAGAAUUUUUCUUAGCCCUAAUACUGGUCUUCGUCGUUUGCGGAGCCUGCGACUCGGCUAAAAAUUACAGCAAAGGAAUUGCUCCGCUUGUAAUCGGACUUACUGUUUCGGUUGGACAUAUCGUUGGUGUGCCAAGAACAGGAGCAGGAAUGAAUCCAGCUCGAUCAUUGGGCAGCGCAGCGGUGAUGAACAUGUUCGAUGACCACUGGUUGUACUGGGUGGGUCCAAUUCUCGGCGGAAUGGCAGGAGCUCUGAUUUACGUGUUCGUAGUCGGUCCUGCGAAGGAAGAGGAACUUCCUCGAAGAGUUUACGCUACUGUUGCGACAGCCGAAAAAGGGGAACGGUAAACAAGAAGCUGCUAAUAAUAUGAAUGCAGUUAUCGAGACGGUUUUCGUUUGCUUUCCGCUGACAUCCAAAACCGAUUCAACGAAGAAAUAUUUCAUAAAGCAUCGCGAACAAAAUAUGUGGUUAACUUUAUGCGCUUUGAAGAUACUUGGCUCUGAAACGAAUGUCAACUUUUAGAUAGAACAUGUUACAUUUUGUUAUGAUAUGAGCAACUUUUUAUAAUAGGAUUUUACAGUAGGAUUAUGAUAGAUAUUUGAGAAAAUGGGGGUUGAUUUUAAACCUCGUAUUAAUGUGAGCGAUGUAACACUUUCUUUGCCUCGUAUGAAACAGGAUUACCUGAGCGUAAUGCUUAUGUUAUUAAAAUAUUAACUAGUUGUUAAGCUGCAUUUGUGUUAUAAUUAAGAAGUAAUUCUAGGUCUGUAACUUGUAGAAUUAAGAAUUGUGAAAGACUUAUAUGAUAUGAAUAAGAUAUUUUCUGUGUAGUGCUUUUUUGAUUUGUUAGUUAGGAACGUAGAGGUAGAUGCUUUGAUUAAUAUUUAUUUUAAAUAUGUGCAUCGAUUGAGGUGGAGACGUGGAUUUAUAUUACAGAAAUUAUUAACUGAUAAAAAUAAUUUGUAUUGACAUUUAGGAUUUCAACUCGAAGGUUCAGAGGUUAAUUUCACCCUGAGCUAAGAUUUUUCUUUCGUGAGAGCUGAAACACUUUGCAGAUAAAGUGAUAACAUAUCAGCACUGUCUUACUCGAAUAAUACUCUUCUGGGUAUAAAACUAAAAAUUGGUUCCAAAAUCUCGGACCAAUAUGUUGCUUGCAAACGCAUAUUAAAUUUGAAGACAAA